AUGGACGAGGCGCUUGAGCUAGAAACCAAGAGGCCUUGGGCCAAGUACCGCAAGGCCUUCCCACCAGGGGAAGACCCGGUUCGCGUGCCGGAAGGCUUGAGCGCGCAGUACUCAUCCUACAACGAGUAUUACAAGUUCGUCAGCCAGAAGCAGAAUGCCAAGGAGCACAAGAAGUUCUUGGCCUCUCUCAAAGACUGGAUUCGUCAGCAUAACCAAGAGCCAGAGAAGACGAAGCUGCGAAGUAAGGAGGAGCUUUUCCAGGUGCAGCGCCAGCUGGCCGUUGAAAGAAAGUCUGGCGGCAAGUUCAUCGCCCCCCGCAAGCAGUUCAUCCUGAGCUCAGCUUGGAAGGAGAGCCAGCACGGCAAGUGGGACGCCAGCAAGGAGGUUCAAGCUGUCAUCAAGGGCCAGACCGUCAAAGGCGUCUGGCGCACAGUCGGAGAGGAGGGCGUUUUUGAUUUCGAGGAAUACGAAGACACGGCGCUCUCUGAGCAGGUUAUUGAGCACGGGCUGGAUCACCCUGCGACUUUCAGCGAGGAAGCCUUUAACCGCAAGAAGCAAGCCCUGCGCACUGCCAUGAGUGCUACAGCUCGUCAGCGUGACUCGGCGGCAGUCAAGGGCCCAGAGCUUUCCUUGGAGCAGCUCAUGGGCUUGGUGCAGUCAUGCUCAAGCGCAUCAGUAGGCGCAACGCGCGCCGAGGCAUCGCGAAGCAGAUCCCGGUCUCGCUCUGCGCCCCAGGAGGACGAAGACAGCAAUUCGGAUGCUGAUGGACAGGAGGGGCCUUUGGCCGGGCUUUCCAUGCUGGCUCCCGCCAAGACAGAAAAGGCAGCCAAGGCCAAAACUGCCCCAAAGCAUGGGGCCAAGUCUGGUAGCAGUCAGGCAGCUAAGGACAGCGCCCCCAGCUCCCACGGGGCUCCAGCAAGCACGCGUAACAAGAAGGACGCUGCAGCUCCAGCCAAAAAGGCCCACAAGGACAAGGAGCAAACAGCAACGCCCAAGACGGCCCAGCUCAGCAAGCAGAAGAAGCAGAAGGAAGGCGCUGAUUCUGGGCCAGGCCCGCUGUUGUUGGACGGACGAGCAGGGCGAACUUUGAAGCGCAUGCAGGACACAAUUGCCGACUUCAGGCACAAGCUGGAAAGCACUGACUUGUCGGAUGGACCUGUGCGCCAAGGCAAUUGUGACAAGCAGUACAAGGUGAGAUGCCAGAAGCGAGCAGCGGAGCUUUCUUUUGUUUGUCGCGCAGCCAAGGACACACUCAAAAGGGUAAGUCAAAGUACCAACCGCGCAGCCUUUGAGGACGAAGAGGGCCAGCUGCAGGCUUUGGUGGACUUGGCGACAGACCUCAGCACCUUGAUAGGCUUCAUGCCGCUUCCGUACCCUGACCCUGAGGCCUUCUUGAAGGCGCUGAACGCUUGUGAAGAGGGCUUGAAAGGGCUCGGGCUUAACAUCGGCCUUGGGCCUGGCUUUGUUCUCAAAAGCUUGAUGGCGCAUGCUAACGAAGCCUGCCUGCACGACGAUUACGAUGGCUUUUGCUGCCGCCUGUGCGCGGACACCGCCCAGGUCCAGCAGGUCUUAGUGACCUUGGACGAGGCAGAGGUCCGCCAGCACUUCACAGCAGAGGUGGAGAAUCGGAUUUUGGCAGCCUUGAGAAGUAUCACGAGUGAUGAACUUGGGCUCAAGGCAGAAGGCAAGGCAAAGGAAGAAGACACGCCAAACCUGCACGAAGCUUUUCGCUUGACAGGAGCCAUCGCAGAGGCUUGUUGCUCAGAAGGUUUUCUGGCGAAUGAGCUUUUGGAGAGCGCCAAGCUAGCGCACUCUAUGGUGGAUCAGGGCGACAUGGCGGCUUUGCUAGCCAGCGUGCAGAAGAUCCAGUCUCAUUCAGACGCCAAAGUGGAGCAGCUCGAUGCCAUGACCCGUUUCUUCUUGCAGCACGAGAUCGGCAAGGCGCUGCUGGCAAUGGCGACAGAAAGAGUAGACCACGGCGAGGCAGAGGCGGCCUUUCAGGAGGCAUGUGGCCAGGUGUCAAGCCAUGUGGGUGAGUUGACUGCUGUGCUCACUGAAGCUCCACACAAGCAGAGCCGAGGCAUCCAAAUCAUCGAAGACUUUGUGAAGCCUGCGAUGAUGGCGCUGCAGAAGUUGAAGGCGUGUGAGUUCGUGCAAAAGAAGAGUCCCAAAAGAGCCGAGCAGCUGAAGAAAUCGGCGCUCGAUGCUGUGCGCAACAACUGCCGCGUUUCCAUCGCUUCCGCUGACGAAGGGGUCACUGGCUCCGAUGUCUCCACGGCUGCCACGUCCGCCAUCAUUAACUUGGACGAGUUUUGUACAGGCUUGUCGGCCAGCGCAUUCGUGAAGCACGACCUAUGGCAGUCCAUUCCUCAGGCCAAGGCGGCGAUGAAGAAUUACCAAGCCAUGUCUUGCAUGCUGCAGGACGCCUUGCGAUUUGUGUUUCUCCAGCAGGCGGCUUUCAGCCAGGUGGCCAAGCAAGGCGUGCUGCCGGAGAAGCUCCAGCAAUGGCUUGACUGCCUCCCCGACCUCCUUAAGGAGUGGGUGCCCAAGGAAGUCUUGGAGGGCGACGUGAAAGACGUGUUGUUGAAGCCUGUGGAGAUGGAGCUGCGGACCCUGUAUUCUAGCGGCCUUGAUGGCGUAGCGCCCUUGGUGGAGCAGUGCGUUCAGCAACUGCUUGGUGCUGGGCUGUCUGCAAAGGUUCGCCAGCAGUUGCUGCAGCGGAUCCCGGAGAAGCAUCCUUUGAAGCCCUUG